CUCUCAAGACAAAAGGGUUGACUUGACUUCACUUACAUGAUUCCGCUCUUAUUUCUUAAAUUCUGACAUCUAUGAACUGCUUAAUUAUACCUCAUCCCAUGGUAACGAAUUUUGGUGGUAAAAUAUUUUUCUGCACACUUCAAAUUUCAAUGGCUUAAAACUUUCACUUCUGGGCACACUUCUUUUCUCUCUGUGCUUUUGGUGCUUCUCAAGUCAACCCCUUUUAUUGUUUUCCAUCUUCACUAGAAUGGACACCCAGAGGGAAACAAGUAUUCGUUUUGAGACAUUCACGUGGAAGAUUCAAAAUUUCUCAAAACAAAACACCAAGAAACUACAAUCCAAGGCCUUCCGAAUCCGAGGUUAUAAAUGGCGUAUUCGUUUGUAUCCAUUAAUGAAAAAUGUCGACCAUUUUUCGUUAUAUCUGAUGGUUGCAGAUUCUUUACCACCCUACGGAUGGGACAGAAACACAUAUUUCAAGUUAUCUCUGAUUAAUCAACUGGAUGGGAAUAAGUCAGUUGUAAAGGAAACUCAGCAGAAGUUCAAUGGCGGAUAUCGUAGCUGGGGCUCAUUUUUUGUGAACCGAAGUGUAUUCUUCGACUCAAAGCAAGGGUAUCUUGUGAACGACACAUGCAUCAUUGAAGCUCAUGUUUGUGUCUCUGAUCUUAGUUCUCUUGAAGUUAACACCUUGAACACAAACUCUCCAACUUCCAAAUCCAAGUUAGGUGAUGAAGCAAGAAGAAAUUCAGAAUCCAUAGAGCAGGAAGAUGAUAAAGAAACAGAAACAGAAACAUCAGAUGAGAGUGAGACACAUAGUUCAACCAGUUGUGGGUCUAGUCAAACAGAAGGGGAAGUUCAAAGUUCAGAUUUGACACUAAAAGAUCUUCUAGAUUUGGGGAGUUUAGGGAAAGAAGAAGCAGCUUUUGUUCCUCUGUUGGAAGAGGCAUGCAUAUGGCAUCCUUCUCUGAUAAGAAGCCAGAGGAAAAGUUCAAGAUGGUUCAGACUAUGGGCAUUCACAUCCUUAGGUCAAGUUCUAUACUUGCUGAAGACAAGUAAGGUGAAGGACAUGAAUGAAGAUGCAUGCAAUCGUCUUCAUGGUUUGUGGGAGGAACUUGUAAAACAUUCUGGAUUUCAGUUGUCUUGGUUGGAGCCUUAUGUUGAAUCUGCAUUGGGUAUGAAAGCUCAUUUGGAAAAGACAGAAGUUGUGAACAAACUGAAAGACAGUGUUGUUGCUUUGGAGAUCAAAAUGAAGAAGCUGAGGGGAGAAUUGGCGGCUGCAGAAGCUGAGUUUGAGGUAACAAGGAGGGCACUGGUUGAGGCCAAAAAAGGUUUCGUAGAGUUGGAUUUUAAUGCUGAUUUAGGUUAUGCUAUGUUUUAGACGCAUAUGGCAAAAGCACUAAAAUAGGACAUUUUUUUUUUAAAUUAAUGAAAAGUUUCGAAAAUACUAUAGAAGGAAAGUUAUACUAUAAUUUCUAAUUUUUGACAAUUAUCUUUUACUUGA